CCGUCAUCCACCGUGGUCAGAAUAAUGACUUUGGAGGGCAUCGCAUUCGAGUGGCCGGUACCCGAGGACAGAUACCUGGACGUGAUCGUGCAUCUGCGCCACAACUUCUUCGCCGACGAGCCGAUCAACCGGUCGGUGCAGCUGUGUGAGCGGGCCAGCCGCAUGCCGAGCUGGAGGGCACAGUCUGUCCACCCUCAAAGACGGCAUGUCGGUUAUGGCUCUCGACACCCACACUGGAGAGCACAUGGUGACCUAAACGCCGCUCAGGAGAAGCUUGAAACGAUGACAGACGGCAGUUUCAAGCAGAUCUUCGGUUUACUCUACAGUUUAAACCAAACGCUGGAUUUGUUUUCCAAGUACGAAGUGGAGAACAUUUUCGAGUGCCGUAUACUGUCGGUUGACUCCCGGUUUAGAGGAAGAGGGCUGGCUAAGGAGCUCAUGAGCAGGAGUGAGACAGUCGCUAAGGAUGCUGGAUUCAAG